AUGGCCGAAUACGUGCGCAUCAGAGAAGCUGGAAGUUCCCGUCUGGGGGACGACAAUGGCCACGACUUCGCUCGCCACCGGGACUCCUUUGAGCACGAAGACCUCCCUCUCCAUGAGAAAGAGCUGGAUGAGAAACCCGCGGCCACGACCCACGAGACUGACGAUGCAUCAGACUCGGAUGACUCGGAUCUAGAGGACAUCAUAGACGUGGAAAAGCAGUCUUCUGCCGACAUGCCAAAAUGGACGCGGUACAACACCUACGGCUCGCUUGUCAAGUCUUGGUGUGUCACCGCACUACCAAGGUUCUGCCAAUCGGGUGGGCUACGACUGAAAGGCGAGCCGCAUCCCACAGCUUGGUUGGAUGCUCUUCGCGGGUACGCGGCGUGGAUCGUCUUCCAAUACCACGCCUUCAACACCUACGAUCCGUCCUGGCGGCGACAGCCGUUUGUGUCGAUUCUGUUCGCAGGUCCGGGCAUGGUUGCUCUGUUCUUCGUCAUCUCCGGCUACGUCCUGAGCUACAGCCUGCUGAAGCAGAUCCGGAACCGGCAGUCCGCCGGUAUGCUCGAGAGUCUCGCGUCUUCCACGUUCCGACGGUACCUUCGACUGUAUGUCUCCAGCAUUGUGGCGACGGUGUUCGCUUUCAUCUUGAUCCGGCUGGGCUGGUACAACCCCUUCGGGAUAUAUGUUCCAUCCUUCCUUGGCCAAGUAGGCCACUGGCUUUUCGACACCAUCAUCUUCAUCAACCCGUUCGGCGACAUCCGCGGGUGGUACCAUCGUGGCACCCAAGACAGCAAUUACCUGUCGACUCUGUGGACGAUCCCUGUCGAGUUCCGCGGUAGUAUGAUCCUAUUCGGCUUCUGCGCCGCUGUGUGCAAGCUGACCACCCCGUGGCGCAUGGCUCUGACCUGGCUGGUUAUCUUGCUGUGCUAUGUGUGGAACUCGGUUUUCGUGGCCGAAUUCCUGUACGGCCUGUUCGUCGCCGACCUAUCUCUACUCAGAAACCCGGACCGCCUCCGCCGUCCUGCUGCAACCGAAGCCCUAUCCUCACCUCUACCGUCACGGGUGUUUGUGAUGGAGACUGCUGCUCACGCGCCGCGGUUCUGGAAGUGGAACUGGAGCCUGAAUCGGACCCCACGGUCGCGCAUCGCCGCCAACGUUGGUUAUUCUCUCCUUUUCCUCCUAGGCAUCUUUCUCCUCGGCGAGCCCGACGGCAUAGACCUGGGUGUCUGGGGCCAGUUCCCAUGGCGGUUCCUCAAAUCAUUCAUCCCGUUUUACUACACCAAUGGCGCCGAGGCGUACUGGUACCUUUCGGUCGGCGGUUUCUUCCUCGUGCUGGCUAUUGACUCAUUCCCAGCCCUGCAGCGCCCGCUGAUGUACGGCUUCAGCCAGUACGUCGGCGACCUGAGCUUUGGCAUCUAUGUGCUGCACCCGCCCGUGACCAUUGCCUUUUACCACGGCUUGAUGGAGCCCUGGCGGGUCAAGCACCUCGGAUCCUCGCCGUUGGCUUUCAUUCCGGGGUUUAUAGCUCUGACAUUGAUGGUGUUUAUCUUGGCCGAUUAUUUCAGCAGACUGGACAAAAAGGUCGUGAGGCUCGGAAGGUGGUUGCAGGCCAAGCUGUUCAGGAAGUGGGAUUGCUGA